AUGGCUGCUCAGGGUUCGCCUGAUUUUGCUAGUCUUUAUGAAUUAAAAGAAGAAUUGGGACGUGGAGCCUUUUCUGUUGUGAGAAGAUGCAUACAAAUAUCAACCAAUCUCGAAUUCGCUGCCAAAAUAAUUAGCACUAAACGGCUUGCUACCCGCGAUAUGCAAAAACUUGAACGGGAAGCUCGCAUUUGUCGACGUCUCAAGCAUCCUAAUAUUGUUCGGCUGCAUGAUUCAAUUCAGGAUGAAAAUCACCAUUACCUCGUCUUUGAUCUUGUAACGGGUGGGGAACUCUUUGAGGACAUCGUUGCUAGGGAAUACUACAGUGAGGCAGACGCCAGCAACUGCAUGAAGCAGAUUCUUGAGAGCGUCAACUAUUGCCAUCAAAAUAAUAUUGUCCAUCGGGAUCUCAAGCCGGAGAACCUAUUACUUGCCAGCAAGACCCGCGGCGCUGCCGUGAAAUUGGCAGAUUUCGGACUGGCCAUUGAGGUACAGGGUGACCAAUUCGCCUGGUUCGGUUUUGCUGGAACUCCGGGAUAUCUCUCACCGGAGGUCCUUCGAAAGGAGCCGUAUGGCAAACCCGUGGACAUUUGGGCUUGUGGUGUUAUUCUCUACAUUCUCCUGGUCGGCUAUCCACCAUUCUGGGACGAUGAUCAGAACAGGCUCUACAACCAAAUCAAGUCGGGUUCAUAUGAGUACCCUCCACCGGAGUGGGACACGGUGACAGCGGAGGCGAAGAAUUUGAUCAACUCCAUGCUCACCAUGAACCCCUCCAAACGUAUCACUGCGGCCGAGGCGCUGAAACACCAGUGGAUCUUCCAACCUGAACGUGUGGCUUCGAGUAUGCACAGACAGGAGACUGUGGAAUGUCUCAAGAAAUUCAACGCCAAAAGAAAGCUCAAGGGCGCUAUUCUGACAACCAUGAUCGCCACGCGAAAUAUUUUCUGUCAGCUUUCACCUGCCGCCAUUAUGUACCAGAAUCUGGCGCUGAAUGCAGACACCGUUACACCCGGUCGAAGUACUCUUAGCUCGGCGACUUCCGCGGCUUCAGCGAAGAAGACCAACGGUGGUCUGAAGGGAUCCAGAGAUGGUCCUUCCAAUGCCAUUGAGGACUCCAAAGAGGUCAAAAAAUCGCCUGUUCGCGAUGCCACCGUAACAUCGAAUCAGAAUGACACCGCACACAGCACUACCAAAUCAGAGCACAAGUUUAUCCCUCACCGUGUGAGAAUGAGGUUUGCUCUCGCCUACGAGCUUAUUGAAAAGUCUGUGGACAGUCGUACUGCUGGUGUGCCGGAUGUGGAGCGCUUCGAAAGUCUAGGGGCAUCAAAUUUGAUGCAGUUAAAUAUGGCCGUGGUUGCCAUGAUAAAUACGGAUGAUUGGGACCUCGGGGGUACUAAACCUCCAGUUUGGCGAUUGUAUGGAUUUUUCUUUCAAGUCGAUAGCGUGUCCAAAGCGCUGGACAAUGACAGGAAGGAUGAAAUCAUUCGACUCACGGAGCAACUGCUAGCGGCCGCCACUGCCUGCGACUAUGAGGGCUACACGCGUCUAAUGUGUCCCAAGUUCACCUACUUUGGGCCGGACGUGCGUGGAACGCUUGUUGAAGGCUGUGAUUUCCACAAAUUCUACUUUGACCAGGACAGCAAACGUGGCGGGCAGCAGAAGAAGGGGAGCAGCAGCCAUUGUGGGCUAGGUGCGCGUCUAAAGCCUUCCUCUCUCGGCAAACUUAUGCAGCAUUGUUGUGUUGGCGGUGCUGUCGACGAGCCGAAGAUUCCACCACCACGUCGUGAGGACUUUGACGUCAUUCCGAAGUCGUUGUUCAAGUCGGUUCGGACAACCAUCCAAAAUCCUACGGUCCAUCUGCUCUCCGAGGACGCCGCCUGCAUCGCCUACAUCCGGCUCACCCAGUUCACCGACAAGUCGGACGUGUUGUACACGCAGCAGACGGAGGAGACACGGGUAUGGGCGCGCCGUCAUGGAGUCUGGCAGAAUGUGCACGUGCAUCGGUCCUGCCUGAACACGCCUGGACAGUCGAACAACCCUAGUGGGUCUCUCAGCACCGCAGCCAGCAUCGCCUAUCCCCUCUGA